AUGCCGAACGAUAGUUUACAUCAUUUUAAUUAUGUUAAAGCAUUAGAACCUCAAAGUUUGAUUUCAUUGGAAAUUCGUCAAACGAAAAUUGAUCUCAGUCGAGUAGAACAUUUAAUUUUACAUUCAUCAAUCAAUCCAUCAUUCGCUAUACUUAUUCCAAAUGUUAUGCCGCGUCUGAAUAAAAUAUCAUUGCUAGAUAAUAUGAAAGAUUUUCUUAAAAAUACACACAAUUUACAACCGUUAAUACAUAUUUGA